UUAUCGGCUUCGAUAAAAUUUACUUGUUUGUCUGAAAAUAAAACAGUUUUAGUUUGAUAUUUCUGUCUUUACGCUUUAAACUAAUAUAACAAGAUGUGUAACAAACUAACAAAACUAUGUUUUUGUUUCGUGACUGGAGGAAUAAGAAGAUUUUCGUUAUCGUCGACAAUACACACAACGAACAAUAUUUAUGGAAAAAAGAAUUCUAAGACAUUCGCUGCGAAAAGAUACAUUAGUUCCACAAAAAUGAGCGCCAAGUUACUAAAUAGCAACCUCUGGGAGGCUGAUCCUGAACUUUUCGAUAUUAUCGUCAAAGAAAAGGACCGUCAACGAGCUGGACUAGAGAUGAUAGCAUCAGAAAAUUUUACAUCAGUUCCUGUACUUCAGUGCCUGAGUUCAUGUCUUCAUAACAAAUAUUCUGAAGGCAUGCCCAAUCAACGGUACUAUGGGGGGAAUGAAUAUAUUGAUGAAAUAGAGAUACUGGCACAGAACAGGUCUCUGGAAGCAUACAGAUUAAAAUCGGAAGAAUGGGGCGUCAAUGUACAGCCAUAUUCAGGCUCUCCGGCGAACUUUGCCGUUUAUACCGGCAUUGUCGAACCCCAUGGCAGGAUAAUGGGGUUAGAUUUACCUGACGGUGGACAUCUCACCCAUGGUUUCUUUACUGCUACUAAAAAAAUAUCUGCUACGUCAAUAUUCUUUGAAAGCAUGCCAUAUAAAGUAGAUCCUAAAAGCGGAUUAAUUGAUUACGACAAACUAGCAGAAACAGCGAAGUUGUUCAAGCCUCGUUUGAUCAUCGCUGGCAUGAGCUGUUACUCAAGGUGUCUCGAUUAUAAGAGGUUCCGUGAGAUCGCAGACGCAAAUGGAGCUUAUCUGAUGGCUGAUAUGGCUCACGUAUCUGGACUGGUUGCUGCAGGUGUAAUACCGAGCCCGUUCGAAUACUGCGAUAUUGUGACCACCACCACUCAUAAGACGCUGCGUGGUCCUCGUGCCGGUGUCAUAUUCUUCCGCAAGGGCGUGAGGUCCGUCAAGGCGAACGGACAGAAGGUCAUGUACGAUUUGGAAUCGAAGAUAAACCAGGCUGUGUUCCCGGGCCUGCAGGGCGGACCGCACAACCACGCAAUAGCGGCCAUAGCCACGGCCAUGAAACAAGCUACAACUGCUGAAUUCGUCGAAUAUCAGAAACAGGUGAUAAAGAACGCUCAGCGGUUGUGCGAGGGUUUAAUAUCGCGCGGGUACUCUAUAGCGACGGGCGGCACCGACGUGCACCUCGCGCUCGUGGACCUGCGCGGCGUCGGGCUGCGGGGCGCGCCCGCCGAGCGCGUGCUCGAGCUCUGCAGCGUGGCCUGCAACAAGAACACCGUGCCCGGCGACAUUAGCGCGCUCAACCCCAGCGGCAUCAGACUCGGUACACCAGCGUUGACCACAAGAGGUCUCAAGGAAGCUGAUAUUGAUAAAGUUGUCGAUUUUAUUGAUAGAGCAUUGAAAAUAGGUCAAGAAAUCCUUAAGGUGUCCGGGCUGAAACUUGUUGACUUCAAUAAAGCCAUUGAAGAAAAUGCUGAGUUCAAAAAGAAAAUUGAAAAUCUGAAGGAAGAAGUUGAAAACUACAGCAAAUCAUUCCCUUUGCCUGGGUUCGAUAAAUAUUAAGAUUAACUUGGAUAAGUUUAAUAUUAAGAGCAAAUAAUUGCAUUUAUAUUAUAUUUUUUAUAUGAAAAUCCUAUUUUCGGCUAUGCAGUUUAUUUAUUUUUUUAAAUGUUAGAUGUAACAGUAUUUAGAAUCUCGAAUUCCAUAUUUUGAUUAAAGUUUACACU